ACCACGUGUGUCGCUGUGCUCGGUCUGUGUUUACGCAGACAUGGCGGGUCUCGAGUUGCUCUCGGACGAGGGCUACCGUCUGGACGGGAGAAAGGCGACGGAGCUGCGGAAGCUGCAGGCUCGGAUGGACGUGUUUUCGCAGGCGGACGGCUCGGCGUACAUAGAGCAGGGCAACACCAAGGUCCUCGCCGUCGUGUACGGUCCUCAUGAGGUCCGAGGCUCACGCAGUAGGAUCCUUCAUGACCGAGCCAUCAUCAACUGCCAGUACAGCAUGGCCACAUUCAGCACAGCAGAGAGGAAGAAAAGACCCCAUGGGGACCGCAAGUCCACUGAGAUGAGCCUCCACCUCAAGCAGACGUUUGAGGCGGCUGUGCUGACCCAGCUCUACCCACGCUCUCAAAUAGACAUCUAUGUCAAGAUUUUGCAGUCCGAUGGUGGGAACUACAGCGUGUGUGUGAAUGCCGCCACACUUGCAGUGAUUGAUGCCGGUAUUCCCAUGCGGGAUUACGUGUGCGCCUGCACAGUUGGGUUUGUUGACGAGACACCCCUGGCGGACCUAAGCUAUGUGGAGGAGAGUGGAGGAGUCAGUUCUUUGGCCCUAGCGCUAUUGCCUCAUGGGGGACAGAUCGCUCUGCUGCAGAUGGAUGCCAGGCUACACCAGGAUCACCUAGAGACUCUGAUGGAGGCAGCCAUGACUGCAUGUAAAGGCGUGAGCAAAGUCCUGGAUGCGGUGGUGCGACAACAUCUCCAAGAGUUGUCGGCGCUCACUGCCAAGUGACGCGGGAUGGAGAGAGAGAGAGAAGUCAGGUCCAUUUUAAAAGCGUUGGAGUCGUGUUGUUUUUGCAGGCUGAGAAUGGUUAUUGGAUAUAAACGCUUUUUUUUUUUUUUUACUGUAUCCAUGUUAAUCAUUGAGUGUGUACUUUGUGAGGUAAAUUAAAAAAAAAU